AUGGGUGUUCCCAAGUUCUUCCGCUGGUUGAGCGAACGGUAUCCCGCGAUCUCCAUGUUGAUCGCGGAGAACCGGAUACCAGAGUUCGACAACCUGUAUCUUGAUAUGAACGGCAUUAUUCACAACUGCACACACAAGGACAGUGACUCUCCAACGUUUCGAAUGACUGAGGAUAAAAUGUUUAUAGCCAUCUUCAACUAUAUUGAACAUCUCUACGGCAAGAUCAAACCAAAGAAACUCUUCUUCAUGGCCGUGGAUGGUGUCGCCCCACGUGCGAAAAUGAAUCAACAGCGUGCGCGACGCUUCCGAACGGCUUUAGAUGCCGAACAGGCGAAGGAGAAGGCUAUUGCCCAAGGAAUUGAGAUGCCGAAGGAAGAUCCCUUUGACAGCAACUGCAUUACCCCGGGCACAGAAUUCAUGGCGAAGCUUACGGAACAGCUUAAAUAUUUUAUCAGCAAGAAAAUCUCUGAGGAUAAAGACUGGCAAGGCGUGGAAAUUGUACUUUCCGGGCAUGAAGUGCCAGGCGAAGGAGAACACAAGAUCAUGGAGUACAUCCGACAUGCAAAAGCGCAGCCCGGAUACGACCCAAACGUGCGCCAUUGCUUAUAUGGUCUCGAUGCCGAUCUGAUUAUGCUGGGACUCCUCAGCCAUGACCCUCACUUUUGUCUUCUCCGUGAGGAGGUGACUUUCGGUCGCCAGGUGCAGAAAAAGCCCAAGGAGCUAGAGCAUCAGAACUUUUACCUUCUACAUCUAUGCAUGGUCAGAGAGUAUCUGCAAUUAGAGUUCCAGGAGUUGGAGGAAGAAGGGAUUAUAGAUUUCCCGUACGAAUUCGAGCGUGUGAUUGACGACUUCAUUCUGAUGGCGUUCUUCGUUGGGAACGAUUUCUUACCUAAUCUGCCAAACCUCCAUAUCAACGAGGGUGCGCUGUCGCUGAUGUUUAAGGUUUACAAAGAGGUUCUGCCUAAGAUGGGCGGCUACAUCAACGAGCAGGGUACCAUCAAUUUACAGCGACUUGGUGUGCUUCUGGAUGCCUUGAGCCACGUGGAGUACCGGUUCUUUGAGGCUGAGUACUCCGACGCGACAUGGAUGCGAGCGAAACAGAGUGCUGAUAACGGCGCGGAUGUGGAUGCUAAACCGAAGACAUUCACUGUCACGCCUGAUCAGAAAAACAUUCUCAAGACUGUCAAGAAGUAUGUUCUGAACAGACCUGGAAAGGCAGCAGAUUCAAAGCCUCUUGACUUUCCACCCACGCUCCCAGCCAGGGACCGCAAAUUCGUGGAGCAGCUUGCGGACGAUCUACGGUUGCCCUGGAGUACUGUCUCGAAUGACGAUGGAGACCGGUUCAUUCGAAUUCAAUUUCCAUCCAAUGAAAACGAUGACAGCGAAGAAGAGGAGGAUGAGGAGGCUUCUAUGGCGGUUCGGCGAGUUAUUCGCAAAUAUGAGAACGCCAAAGUCCAAGAGCUCUCAGCUGAGGAGGCAUUAGCGGCUGCCCAGAAGAAAUACGAAGAGAAGUUCCAAGAUUGGAAAGACAAGUAUUAUAUGGAAAAAUUCGGCUGGGGAUUGGACAACCACGAGGAGAUGCGAAAAUUGACCGAAAAUUAUGUACAAGGCCUUCAGUGGGUUUUAUUUUACUAUUAUCGUGGCAUCGCUUCCUGGCCUUGGUUCUUCAAUUCGCAUUACGCGCCUAUGAUCUCAGAUGUAAAAAAGGGUUUGAAUGCGGAUAUGAACUUCCGACUCGGAAGGCCAUUUAGGCCUUAUGAUCAGCUCAUGGGGGUGCUUCCCGAUCGGAGCAAGAAAAUUGUACCUAAGGCAUACCACGAUCUCAUGUCCUCGCCAGAUUCUCCUAUUAUCGACUUUUACCCACGUGACUUCGAACUUGAUAUGAACGGGAAAAAGAUGGAAUGGGAAGCUGUCGUCAAGAUCCCAUUCAUUGACGAACGUCGCCUCUUAGAUGCCCUUGCGACAAGGGAGCACCUUCUAACACCAGAGGAGAAGGCCCGAAAUGGCUUCGGUGUUAGCCUCAAGUUCACGUACUCGCCAGAUACAGAGUACAUCUAUCCUUCCUCCUUGCCUGGAGUUUUCCCGGACAUCCCUAACUGCCGCUGCAUCCAAAAUGUCUUUGACUUACCGACGAUGGACGGCCUUGAGCCGUACGUCGGACUUGUUGAAGGAGUUCAUCUUGGAGCAUCAGCUCUUGCCGGGUUUCCCAGCCUGAAAACAUUGCCUCACGCUGGCCAACUAGGUUUCCAUGGGGUCUGUGUCUUCCAGCAAGAAAGUCGCAACGAAAGCAUGGUAAUUACAGUACUUGACCCGGGAAGCCGGUCAAGUUCUGAACUGGCUAAGAAAAAACUUGGCCAACGAGUCUUUGUGGGUUAUCCAUUCCUACAAGAAGCACUUGUCACCCGCGUGUCCGAUGAACUAUUUGACUAUACUCUUCCCGCCGGAGAAGAGCAUCCUCUUGCCACACCUCAUUCGGAUGCUCAGAUUGAGCAGUGGAAAAAGAAGGCGGACAAGAUCGAAGGCAUCUACAGCAGGAGAUUCGGUACUAUUAUCGGCCCAGUUGAGGCUAUGGUUCAUGUUCAACUCCUGAAGGGUCUUAUCAAAACUGACUCCGGUGCUACCGUCAAAGAAUUUGCGGACAUUCCUGGACAAGAGACAGAUUAUGCAUUGCAACUUGUUGUCGACGAAGUAAUCAACCCUGAUGAACGGUUCAUUGAAAGAGAAGCCCUCCCGGUCGAAAAAGAGUUUCCGGAAGGAUCGCGCGCCUUCUUCCUUGGCGAGUUUAACUACGGAAGACCUGUUCAUAUCACUGGUCACGAUGAUGGUAAAGUUAACGGACUUAUUGCUGUUAUCAAGGGCCGGGAGCCCGAGUUUGGAAGAGAACGUGCGCGAAACGCGGAGGCUCUUUCUCCCUACAUGCCAGCCUUUGCAGUUGCGCGGAUCCUGCAGCUGAAUCCCUUGACUUUGGCUAAAAUCACGUCUUCAUUCUCAGUGGACGUCGAUGGUCAACGUGUCAACUUGGGUCUCAACCUUAAAUUUGAGGCUAGGAAGCAGAAGGUUCUUGGUUAUUCCCGCCGAUCUGAGUCGGGCUGGGAGUUCAGUGCAAAGGCAAUUGGACUGGUAGAGCAGUACAUGCUCAAAUUCCCUCAAUUUAUCGCGGGUAUCCAGCGUAACCCUCGCAAUGACAGAUAUCAGCCUACCGAUUUCUAUCCUCCCGAUAUCGCUCUUGACAAGAUAAAUGAGAUCAAAGCUUGGCUCAAGGAAAUUGAGUCGAAGAAUUUCGAACGGGUCCCUCUAGAAGCGGAGCAGCUCGAUUCAGAUGUUGUGAAGCUUAUCGAGCAAGACGCCGACCAACUAGUGAAAACCCAGCCGCCUAUGGAAGCCAAGAAAAUUCGUGAUAUUCCUCGGAGUGCGCUUCUUCGGCCAGCUGACGUUGAACAUCGACUUGGAAACCAAACUUUCAAACUUGGAGAUCGUGUUGUGUAUGCUCAGGAUUCCGGCAAAGUGCCCAUAGCUACUCGAGGAACUGUGGUCGGGCUUACUCGAACGCCAAGAGCCAUUUUGCUUGAUGUUGUCUUUGACGUCGCAUUCAUGAGCGGCACAACUCUUGGGGACCGAUGCUCUCCCUUCCGAGGGCAAACGGUACUGGCGUCUUCUGUACUGAAUCUCUCGUAUCGACAGCUCGUUGCUAGUACCAGAGCAGCUGUCAACCAGAAGCAGCAGAAUCAGCCCUCUCCUCUGACGGUAAAGGGCUAUGGCGCGCCUCUGGGUCCCGGUGGUCAAGGGCAGCUGAAAGAAGCUCCCGCUCCGCCUCCACUUCGAGGCUCAUUUCGAGGAGCAUUGUCCGGGGCGAGAGGUGGACGUGGCGACGCCAACGGUACGGCAACCCUACCUUUCCGGCCGCAUCCUGAAACGAACGGCUCAGCUCGCGGCAGUAGAGGCCGAGGCCGCGGAGGAGGCGUGGCGCGUGGACGAGGUGGCUAUGUUUCAGUCGAUAACAGUGAUCCCAACGCCGGUGUUGUCCAAAAUAACCCCAACUUCCGGCCGAAGAACUAUUCGCAAGUACCACCGCCCAGUGGGCUGGAGUAUCGCGGACGAGGCAGAGGCCGAGGCGCCCGUGGCGGAGAUCGAGGAAACGGUUAUCGCGGUCGCGGCAGCCAUCGUGGAAGAGGAGCCGCUGCCACAGCUGGACAGUGA